AUGUUCUGUUUCCUUGCAUUAGCAGAAGCAAGAGAGCGCGUAUCUCGAUAUCCUAGAUAUACCACAAAAAUCAUUGCAGACAAACAUGGUGGUCAUAGAGUCGUUAGGGUCCCAGUAGCUGAGAAAAAUUGGAAAGCAGGUUCACCUUUGCAACACAUGUUUGUUGCAAAAAAGCCAGCUAUCUACUUGUAUCCAACAAAGACAACUGACCUUACAGUUGGUGUUAUGCUAAAUAAGGAUCAAUUUACAGCAACAGUCCCAGAGUUCACACAGGGAACAAUGUGGAAUGUUACAGCAAAGCCAAAUGGUGACAUCAUUUACAAGAACAAAGUUGUCCCAUACUUGUUCUGGGAAGCAUACACUGACAUGAAGAUGCAAUUCAAAGAGGGCUUCUUUGUCAAGAAGGGCCAAGGAAGACAAUUCCUUGAGAAAGUAUUAACAGCAUUCAACUUAAACGACCGUGAGAAAUUCGAUUUUAUCACAUACUGGCUCCCAACUCUCAACAGACUUGGUGAUUCAUUUGUAUCAUUCCAGUUAGGAAACUAUUGCCACAGUGUUCCACUUAUUACAUCUGUUGAGCCAGACACAAUCAUCUGUGUCUUCAUGGCAAUCAAGAAGGCCGAGCCAGAGGACAAGCUUAAACCAACACAAACAAUUCCACACCUUGAGCGCAAGGGCUUCACACUCAUUGAAUGGGGUGGCAGUGUAGUUCGUUCAAACGAGAUCAACCUUCUCAAGUAA